AUGUCCGGAAAGUCAAAGAGCGACGAAGUCACGCGCAUUGCAAUUGUCAACAAGGACCGGUGCAAGCCGAAGAAGUGCAACCAGGAGUGCAAGCUACUAUGUCCCGUCAACAAAACAGGGAAGCGCUGCGUUGUUGCGUCCUCAGAGGGCAACAAGACCGCCAUGAUAUCUGAGAAACUGUGCAUAGGCUGUGACAUCUGCGUCAAGAAGUGUCCCUUUGAUGCUAUAAGGAUCAUCAACUUGCCAUCGUCCCUGGACUCACAGGUCUCUUAUCGCUACGGCAUUAAUAGCUUCAAACUGCACCGCGUACCAAUACCUAAGCCUGGGCAGGUCCUGGGGCUGGUUGGAGAAAAUGGCAUUGGAAAGUCAACUGCGCUUGGGAUACUCGCUGGAAACAUCAAGCCCAACUUCGGAGACCUCAAGAAUCUUGAUCCAGACUGGGAGGAAAUCGUCCAGCACUACAGAGGAACGGAGAUCCAGGCUUAUUUCAUGAAGUUGAAGGACGGCGAAAUUAAGGCCGCACAUAAAGUCCAGUAUGUCGACGCCAUCACCAAGACGGAUAAGCGCACUGAUACCCUGGCCACCAUAUUCCAGAAGCGCAAGAAGAAGGCGCCAGAGCUUUACAAUCGUGUUGUGCAAAUGAUGGAGCUUGAAAACCUGCUUGAACGUCAGCUGGGGAACCUCUCUGGCGGGGAACUACAGAGGUUUGCCCUCGCUUAUGUAGCCAUGCAGAACACGGCCAUAUAUCUUAUCGAUGAGCCUUCGUCCUACCUGGACAUCAAGCAACGCCUGACGGCGGGAAGAUUGAUACGAUCCUUAGUUGAGAAAGACCUGGACAAGUACUGCGUCGUUGUUGAGCAUGAUCUGGCUGUUCUGGACUAUUUGUCAGAUUACACCAGCCUGCUGUAUGGUAAGGCGGGUGUUUUUGGGAUCAUUUCGAUGCCAUCCUCUGUCCGUGAAGGCAUUAACAUAUUCCUUUCUGGAUACCUUCCAUCAGAGAACAUGCGCUUUCGUGACGAGGCCCUGAAGUUCCAGGUGACAGACAGUGUAGAGGAAGAGGAACAAAGGGACGCCAAAGGCUCUGAAAAAAGUCGUAUUCAGACGUACCCUGCCAUGGAGAUAUGCUUUAGCAUUACUAAGUCUAACGGGUCUAACUCCGACUCGGACUUUGUGGAAGACGACCCAGAUGUCGCCAACCGUGUGCUGGAUACCGCUGUUAUCCCAACAGAUACCAACGACGUGGUUCCUACCUCGACUCUAUAUGAUAAGCAAAAGGCUCGAGACUUUAGUUUCCGUCUGCGCGUAGAAGCAGGGCACUUUGAGUACAGUAAGAUCACGCUGUUGUUAGGCGAGAAUGGAACUGGUAAGUCGACCCUUAUAAAAGCAUUGGUUGGGGCUGUUCAACCCGUCGCCGUUGAGGGCUUCCUCCCUACCCUACCGUUUUCGCUGAAGCCCCAGACAAUAGCUCCCUCGUUCAAGGGAACCGUUCAAGAGCUAUUUCUAAGUCGCAUCGCGGAAACGUACAACCACUCUGGCUUCCAGGAUGACGUUGUGAAGCCACUAGACAUCAAGCACCUCCUAGAAAGGAAGGUCACACAAUUGUCUGGUGGUGAAUUGCAGCGUGUCGCCUUAAUCCUGGCUUUGGGGAAGCCUGCAGACGUUUAUCUCAUUGACGAGCCCAGCGCCUACCUCGAUGCAUCACAACGCCUGGUGUGUGCAAAGGUUAUCAAGCGGUUUGUCAUAAACACCAAGAAGGCCUGCUUCGUUGUAGAGCACGACUUUCUGAUGGCUCUUUAUCUGGCCGAUAGCGUAGUAGUUUUCACAGGGACGCCUGGUGUAGAUGCCGUGGCCUGUAAGCCCUGUGGUGUGACUCAAGGCUUCAACAAGUUUCUUUCAAUCAUCCAAGUAACGUUUCGCAGGGACCCUGAAAACCUGAGGCCCAGAGUCAACAAGCUCAAUAGCGCGAAGGACCGUGAGCAGAAGAUCAGCGGCCAGUACUUUACCAAUUUCACUGACGACACAUAA